UACAAUAGGUAGCUUACAGAAAAUAUUUGGAGAGUGUUAAUACUCUUAGCACUUACUUGCUAGAAGAUCUUUCAAAGAAUGGUGUACCCCAAGGUGAAGGAAGAACAAGGGAUACAAAGAAAAUAUUUUCUUUGAGUAAAGAAUGUCUUGAUAGAAUGGAAGUGCUUCUUGAAAAAUUAUGUACUGAUUCACUUGGUGACACAGUGGAUGAUCAGAAGCUAUGUGAUCCAAAUAAUGAAAAACCCAAACUUGGAAUCCAAACUCUCUUUAUAGAGAGAAGUUCUGAAAGUUGUGAAGCAUUCAGACCUACAAGUGAAGCACAAAAUAGUGCAACUUUGCAACUGGAAAACAAUGAAAUGUCAAGUUUCAUCCUGCCAACAUGGCCUAGAAAGAAGAUGACCCCUUUAGAGAAGGCUCAGAGAGAAAACUUACUUCUACGUAAAGUCUUCCAGAGUCGGAUGGCCAGAGCAGCUGAUUCCCGGACUAAAGUUAAUUUGCACCUGGAAUUGGAAAGACGACUGGCAGAAAAUAUGAUGGUUGCUAGGAGAAAGCAGAUUGUGUUUAUAAAAGAUCAAGAAAGAAAAGAAAAAAGAGCUCUUGCAAGAGCAACAAAAAAACUUCCAUCUGAAGAAGAAAAGAAACAACAAUUGUAUGCCAAGAUCCUUAGGAUUGAAGAAACUGAGGACUGGCCAUCUGAUUUACGGAAGAAACUUGAAGAAGCCCCAGAAGACUUGGAUGUAAUUGAACAAGUUGCCCUGACAAUACUAAGAACUUCAUCACAUCCUCUAAGUCAGUGGAUUGAGAAGACUGUGCUAAAGUUGCAGGACAGGAUUAAUGUUCUUCUGAGCCAUGCCAAAGUCAGUGUUAAUGAUGUAAGUGAUCCUAAAAAUAGCAGCCUGACCAGUGACUCUCUGCUUGAUUCCAUAGUAUUGUUACAUGAUGUGGAUUUAUCCUGUUCAACUACUAGCACAUGUUUGAAUAAAGACAGGAAACUUUCUAGUCAGUCUACAGAAUGUUGCAUAAACAAAAAACCAUGCACUUAUGCAAACCUAAAGACACCCAAGAAUGAUUUAGUAAUUUGUUCAGAAGAGUUGCCAGAAAAAAUUCUUUUUACAACUGGAGCUUUGCAUCAAGAUACAGAAGAAAUUAAUUUAGCUCGUCAACACAGUAAUAGUAUUACUCAUUGGGAAACAAAAAAUAUAAAUGAUCAAUGCAAGUUGAAAAAUAGAAGAUAUUCUAAUGAACAACUUCCGCCAUCUGAGAUUGUGUGUUCCAGCAACGAAUCAAGUACCUUUGUACAAGAAACAUACUCAGCUCUACAGCGUCAUGUUGACUAUAUUGUUUCUGAUGUGAAUAUAGCAAUAGAAACAGUAUUACAGAUGUUGGGCCUGAUGCAUGAAGAAUUAAACACAGAGAUUGCACAGGAUAUAUGUUACAAAGCAGUGGAAGCAUGUUUGCUCCAACCACUAUGGCCAUUUCUGCUAGCAUUACAUCGAUUGGCAUAUAGUGAGGCAGAACAACGUAUUGCUCGAUCAAUCUCACAGCAGAAGGAGUACUGUCCAAAAGAUAUGGGGGUACCUUCAUCAUUUUUUGAGAAGAACUUGACUUUUUACCAAGAAAUCAUUCUGAAAAUUGUAAAGAUUCUAGAUAUUAAAUCCCCUUUAGCUAAACUUCACCUGUUAGUUACAGUUAUACUAAAUAAGAUUUAA